AUGAUGGAGAUGGAGGAAUUGGAUCCUUUGCAAAUCGCAAUUGCAAAGGUUAAGCAAAUCAUCGAAGGGAAGGUAAAAUAUGGUCCUGAUGAACAUUCAGUGAUUUGGUAUCAAAUCUAUAUAAAGUGCAACAAAGUGGGUCGUUCGAUGCAAUCUGAAUAUGAGAAAGCCUUAAAAGAUUAUAUCAGUUCAUCAGUUGCCCCCGCAUUGAGGGAGAAAGAAGAUGAGUUUCUUUUGACAGAAGUUGUAAAGCAAUGGGAGUAUUACAAAAAAUUGGUUAGAAUUCUAACCAAACUUGUGGUUUGUCGGUACUAUGAUGGUUCCCUUGAGAAGGUUACAAAGAUCUUUCACUUCGUCCAUGACAAAGACAUGGAUGCAGAUUUUUACAUGAAGAAGCUCGCAGGUAGGCUUUUCCCCCAUAGAAGUUCAAGUGCUGAUUAUGAAAAAAGCAUGUUAGCUAAGCUGAAGUUUGAGUGUGGAAGACAAUUUACAAAUAAAAUAGAGGGCAUGCUUACUGAUUGGACAUUGGCAAUGAAAACCCAAUCAGAUUGUGAGGAAUAUCUGAGUCAGAAUCCUCUUCAUCCAUGUUCUGGAAUAGAAUUCUCUGUCACAGUUUUGACAUCUGGAUUCUGGCCAAGCUAUAGUUCGCCUGAAUCACUUGUUCUUGCUGUUGAAAUGGUGAGACAUUUAGAGUCAUUCAAAGAGUUCUAUAACAGAGAAAAACUGAAUGGAAGGCUAACAUGGAAACAUUCUCUGGGAACAUGCAAUAUUAUUGGAAGAUUUGACCAGGGUGAAAUUCAAAUAGUCGGAACACCUUUUCAAGCAAGUGCACUUCUGUUGUUCAAUGAAACAGAGACGCUAAGUUUUUCACAAGUCAAAUCCCAGUUGAAUUUGAAUAUUGAAGAUGCAAUUGCAUUGCUGAAUUCCCUUGCAUGUUCAAAAUACAGAAUCCUAAGUAAAUUACCAGAUACCCAAUCUGUGAAAGAAACAGACUAUUUUGAAAUCAAUACAAAAUUUUCCUGUAACAAGAGGAAGAUCCGACUUCCGCCACCCACAGCCAAUGUAAAAGAAAAUGUUGGGAAGUCUGUGUUUCAAGAUAGCCAUCAUAUGAUUGAUGCUUCGAUCGUAAGAAUUAUGAAGAGCAGAGAAACAUUAGCUCAUAAGGAAUUAGUGGUGCAAUGCACUGAACAGAUAUUAGAUAUUCCUCGACUUGAUACUUCGCAGAAAUAG